AUGAAACUCUUAGCACAUAUAAAGGUAAACUUUAAAAAGAAUAGGUGCCAACGACCUGAAAAUGAUUAUAUAACAACAACAACCACUACUACUACAACAACUUUAAAACAAGACAGUGAUAUUAGUAUUAAUAGUUUAACAACGACAAAUAACAAGAAGCACAAACGAAAUUCAUCAAUAAUAUUUCCAGAUGGUACCUCAUCUCAUUUUUAUGGAUUACCAUCAAUAAAUAAAUUAAAUGAUAUAGAUAAUUUAAGAAGAUUUGAAGUUAUACGAUAUUUAGAAGGUUUUAAUAUUGGUUAUAACUAUGAUUUACUGGAUAUUGAUUUAAAAAGUAUAUUAAAAGACAUCUUUAGAAUUGAAAAAGGGUAA